AUGCCAAAUCCGUCAAAUAUAACCCUGGCAGCUCCUGGCCCCCCAAACCAAGCGCACUCUCCGUCGGUAAUCCUGCCGGUCGACCCUGACGCGAAGUCGACUCUGGACGAAGCUUUGGGGUCGCUCAGCGUGUCUGAUAACGAGAUCUGGCCCAAGGAGUGGAAGGAUGACGACGAGAAUCCUGGAUACAACCUGGACAAGUUUCUCGCCGACAUGCGCAGACGAGAGGCGUACUAUGACUCGCUCGGCGUGCCAUGCAGCCGAGUUACUACGGACACGCAUGGUAAUACCACGCUACAGCCCCGCCAGUGGGUCAGCCUGGAAGCUGCCGACUUCACCGGCCUCGAGGACAAUCUUGAUACCGAGUAUAUCGCCUUAACCCGAGAAGUCCCUGCCGACCAGCUUGGGAAAGCAACAGACUACAAGAUGGUGGGCAACUCGCGGCAGGGGAUGGAAAUGACCACUGUUCCCAAGGCGGAGCACUACCGAGAUCGCCGAACUGUUGAGCGUCCGGUGGACGUCGUGUCGUAUGAUCAGCCGGCCGCGGACACAAUGCGCUACCUCGAGCACGGCAACAACUUCAUCAGCUCCGCUAUGACCAAGGACAACUGGCGUCCUGGCCAGCUGAUCGGUCAAAAUGGAUCGGACCCUGCGACGAUAGCCCAAUCGCCGUCCUUCUUGCCCCCCGACCGCCAUGACGACAUGUCCGAGCGUCGUUCAGCCACAUCGACCGGGCACAUCUUGCAACAUCGACGACCGGCUGGUGUCGGUCUUGGCUGGGGUGACUACGACAGGCAUGUCCGCUGGCAAUCAUACGGCCGUCGAGUCACCAAGGACAUGGUGGAGAAGCAGAAUUGGCAAACGGAUCUAUUGGCGCCAUCCAGAUUUUUCAACGAGUCGGGCGAGGUUGUAAAGACCGUUACCAAACCAUUCGAACGAAGAGAUCUGCCCUCUCAACCUCAGAAACCCGUCUCACUGUACGACCGGCUCAAUCCGCGAGACGGUCGAACUCCAGAGGCUCCGGCGGAAAAAAACUCGGAAACCCCAGCUUGGCCCGGGACCUACAACGAUGACGAGUGA